AUGGGAACCAAGCUGCGUUUACUGAUCUCAAGAUUUUUUUAUCUUAAUAUUGCCCCAACAAACCAGCAACCUUCUGUAAAGAAGCCGAUCGCGGGAGCUGCUCUUUUGCAAGGGGAGUAUUCGAUUUGGGUCGGCCGAGACACACUAGACCAAGUUCAUUUACCUACGCCUGGGAUUCAAGCCUGCUCACCGAUUGAGUACGAAGAGAUUUCGUCGGAUGAACCAAUCGGCCUCGAUAUCGAUUUGAACAAUUGUAAUUUCAGAAAUUUCCAGGAGCAGGUAUACAAUUGCUUGGCGGCCACCCAGACCGACUGCAACUUUGGCCAAAUUAUGCGACGCCUCCACCUGUCAAAAGAGCUCCUGUGGCAGGCUAGCAUCUCUUUCAAUGGCGGGUGCUGCUUCCUCCGCACUUACGUUCUUCCAGAUGCAUACAACGAGUUCGCGGAGUGCAUGCUGAGUUCCGAGACUCAACCGCAAGCAAUUGUGAAGAUCUCAAUGAAUAAACCAAACAUGGUUAUCCCUGAGACUCCACCAACCCCAGCGGAGAGGCCCUUGCCUGGCCAAUUGGUGGUUCCUUCGACUGCUUUAUCGAAUCGGGUCCCUUUGGCUAAGCGAGCAAGAUUUGAUAAGGAGUCAGAUGGUCCAGCGUAUGCCAUUGGCAUGGAUGAAUUUCUGGCUAUGUGUUACAUACCUCUCAAUGAUACUGAAACCCGCCGGCUGAUUGCUGAUCAUCACAUCCAUCAUUGGUCUGCUUUGAAAAAUGCAACUGAGAAUGAUUUAAGAAAGCUGGGUUUCCACUAUGGUCCCAUUCAGUUGUUUCUCCAAGGUGUUCAAAAACUGUCUCAGGCUUAG